AUGGUCGACAUCCUACCCCUCUCCUCCUUCCCAUCGUACAUGAACCUCCUCCCCGCCGUCCAAACCUGCAACAUCACCAACCUGCCCGAAAACUACUUUCUCAAAUACUACCUCUACCACGCUCUAACAUGGCCUCAACUCAGCUUCGUGGCCGUCGUGCGAUCGCGAAACUCCAAGAACGGCACCCGGGAGGUUGACUAUGAUUACCCGAAAGUGGUGGGAUAUGUACUUGCGAAAAUGGAGGAGGAGCCGUCGGAUGGUGUUGCGCAUGGUCAUAUUACGAGUUUGAGUGUGAUGAGGACGCAUAGACGACUGGGUAUUGCGGAGAGGUUGAUGAGGAUGAGUCAACGAGCAAUGGCCGAAUCCCACCGUGCACAUUACGUCUCUCUACAUGUGCGAGUCUCCAACACAGCCGCCCUACAUUUAUACAGAGACACCCUGGGUUUCGAAGUGGAGAAGGUCGAGAGCAAAUACUACGCCGACGACGAGGAUGCAUAUGCCAUGCGUCACGAUCUUACGCCGCUAUGGCUCGAUUGGUCUGAAGAUACAACCGAGGAGCAGAAGACAUCUGCUGAAGGUGGGGAUGAGAAUGCUGAUGAGGGUGAGGCUGUGGGUGAUCUUGGAGCAAAAGAGAAGGAGAAGGAGAAGAAGAUUCGGGUCAAGGUUGGGAGGGGCUUGGGGGUCGGAGAUUUGGUGGAGAGGAAUGAGGCAGCGGGUCGAUGA